UUAAAUCACGUAUAUAAAGCAACAUUUCCACAGAGAGAAACCUCAAUAUUGAUUUUAUAUCUCCAGUGCAGUGCUAUUUUUUAGAAAAGCUGCACUGGCAUCAUCUUUCAGAACAGAAGACAGUGUGUUAUUACAGUGUGUGAGAGUUUUGAGAGAGAUUCAACCAAAAUAAAAGUUGUAAAAGUGAGAGAGUGAGAGAGCAUAAUGGCCAUAUGGAGAAAGGGAAUUGCAGAUGAAAUAAAGAAGCAGCUAUGGCUUGCAGGGCCAAUGGUAUUUGUGUGUGUGUUUCAAAACAGUUUGCAGAUGAUCUCUCUCAUGUUUGUUGGGCAUUUGGACGAGUUGCAUCUAGCUGGUGCUUCUUUGGCCUCUACAUUUGUGAAUGUAACCGGUUUCAAUGUAUUGUUGGGGUUGUCAAGUGCGCUAGACACAUUUUGCGGUCAAGCAUAUGGAGCACAACAAUAUCACAAGGUUGGCAUAUACACACAAAGAGCCAUGUUUGUCACACUCCUUGUCACUAUUCCUCAAUCUUUUAUUUGGGCUUACAUAAAGCCCAUUUUGAUUCUUCUUCAUCAAGACAAAAAUAUUGCAGCACAAGCUCAACUAUUUGCUCGUUACAUGAUCCCAAGCCUUUCUGCCAAUGGCCUUCUUCGCUGCCUUGUUAAAUUCCUACAAACCCAAAACAUAGUGUUCCCCAUGGUGCUAUCUACUGGAUUUACUAGCUUAGCACAUGUCCUUCUCUGCUGGACUUUUGUAAUCAAACUUGGGCUUGGCAUUAAAGGAGCUGCCAUUGCAACUUGCAUCUCAAAUUGGCUUAGCAUGGUCAUGCUAGCACUUUAUGUAUGGUUCUCCCCUUCUUGCAAAAAGACUUGGGUUGGUUUCUCAUGGGAAUGCUUUCAUGACAUCCCUCAUUUUCUCAGACUAGCUUUUCCUUCAGCAGUCAUGGUCUGCUUAGAAUCAUGGACGUUUGAACUCUUAGUGCUCCUAGCUGGUGCUCUUCCCAAUCCAAAGCAGCAAACUUCAGUGCUUUCGAUAAGCAUUACUACAACCGGGACAAUUUGGAUGAUACCAUUUGGAAUCAGUGCUGCUGGAAGCACAAGAAUCUCAAAUGAACUAGGGGCUGGUUCUCCAAAAAAUGCACAUUUAGCUGUUAAAGUCCUCUUGUUGAUGGCCUUCACGGCGGGAAUUAUAGAAUCAGCUUUUUUCAUGGCGGUGUGGAAAGUUUGGCCUCGUGCUUUUACCAAUGUACAUGAAGUGGCCACUUAUUUGACUUCCUUGACUCCAAUUGUUGCAACCUCUGUCUUUGUGGAUUCAAUUCAAACAGCACUCCAAGGUGUGGCAAGAGGAUGUGGUUGGCAGAAGCUUGGUGCAUUUGUUAAUCUUGGGUCUUAUUAUUUUGUUGGUGUUCCAUUUGCAGUUGUGUUUGCUUUUGUCCUCCAUAUGAAGGGAAAGGGGCUAGUUUUAGGCAUUGUAUUAGCACUUAUUGUGCAAGUUGUGGUGUUUUUUCUCAUCACCUUACGCACCAAUUGGGAGAAAGAAGCCAAGAAAGCAGCAAUAAGAGUAGGAGACAAUGAAGUCCAAAUGAAUGCACUUCCGGGUGACCAAAACGUUACUCCUCCAGCCUAAUUUUGCUAACUCUUGGCAUAAUCCUAGUUAUUAUAUGGAGCCACAACUCGGCAUCAAUGUACUUCAGGAAAAAUGUAGAAUCGUAACUAUUGCUUAGCAUAUAUAGUCUAUUGUUGCAGAACUCACUGCUGAAAUUUUGUUAUUUAAUAAAUUAGGAUUUUGCUCCUAUUUGACUUCCAUAUAACACUGCUGAUUAUUGGAGCUUGGAGUGCUGUUUGAAUUGAAUCCAAUUAUUGGA